AUGUAUCCUCUACUUCGGUUAGUUGUUUAUUGGCUAAUUUUACCAACUUUCGGAAUUUCUCAAGAAUCUGAUCUAAGACAAAUAUCUUUACCGUUUCAGGAAGACGCUCGAAUCAAGAAAGCAAUUCAGAUACGACAGUCUCAACGCAGUGAAACAUUCAGACAAAUAAGACAAAGUUACACUUUGGACGAGGCAGCUAAUGAAAUACUUAAACUACCAGCGAAGGAUUUGAUAGAAAAACUACAAUUGCGAAGCUUAAACGCAACACAGGUCCUCCAAGCAUACAUGGCAAAAGCAAUCACCGUCCAAGAUAAAUUCAACUGUAUAACAGAGUUUGUACCAUUCGCUUUGGAAAGAGCACAAAACUUGGAUAAACUGAAUGCUGUCCGUGGACCAUUACAUGGCAUACCUGUUUGUGUGAAGGACGAUCACGAUGUCAUCGUGGACACGACAAUGGGCUUAGGGAAAAAUCUAAAUAUGCCAGCAUCGUCGAACAGUGUUCUCACCCAGACGUUGUUCGACUUAGGUGCUGUCAUAUUUUGCAAAACCAAUAUUCCGCAAACAGUUUUUCGAUAUUCAAGCGACAUCAAUGAUACAGAACCACUAUUCGGAGCUACAGAAUACACGAUGAUUUGGAAUUUUGUUGAUUUUCCUGCUGGUGUUAUUCCUUUCGGCAUUGAAACUGGACAAAAUAUCGACCACUAUGACGAUGCAGGUGAUGCUGUACUAAGAUUGGCGAAAGAGUCAACAAAAGAUUCAAUUGGUUCGCCUAUUGGUAUCCAGAUAAUUGGGAAACCGUUCAAGGAGGAGCAAGUGCUACGAGCUUUGAAUGAGUUGUUCAACAAAAUAGAUUCGAAAAAAUAAAUUUUUAUUCAAAUUCAA